UGAGAAUGGUUUCGAGGAAUUAGAUUGGUGCCACGACCAAAAAAAAGGUGCUGGGGAGCUCAGAAAUAGGCCCAAACUGGAGUAAGAAAUCCUGAUUUUAUUCUUUAUUUCUUUUACUUGGACGUGCAGCUUUUACACAAGAUUUGGAUUUCAGGUAAACAGAUUCACAAUGAACUCCUUGAAUUUCUGCGGGGGCCCUGGCGGUGGUGUGUAUCCCCUCCACGGCGUCAGCUCCAUGCUGUUCGACCUGCGCCACCAGAUGGCGGAGCAGUACCACGGCUUCCCCGCGGCGGCCCCGGCGGCGCACGCCUUCUCCGUGGCCGAGAGGCUGGCAGAGCUUAUCCUGGAGGCGCGCUAUGGAAACCAGCAGAAGCAGCGCCGCAGCCGCACCGCCUUCUCCGUGUCCCAGCUGCAGGCCCUGGAGAAAGCCUUCCAGCAGACGCAGUAUCCAGAUGUGGGCAUGAGGGAGAGGCUGGCCGUGUGCAUCAACCUGCCCGAGGCCCGCAUCCAGGUGUGGUUCAAGAACAGGAGGGCAAAGUUUCGUAAAGGUCAGAGAUGCUCCCCUCUCGCAAGAGACCCCAGUUCAGAGGAAGCGACAAUGAUUGGUAAAACGGGACCAGAGGAAUCCACGACUAAAGACAAACAGGACGACAGCACCCAGAGCAGCACCUCUCCCCCCUGCUGUCCUCCCCCGACUCCCCGUGUGGACAAAAGCAGGGAGACAGACUCGGAAACUUCCCGGCUCCCCUUCAGGCUCCAUUCCCCUACACUUUUCCCCUUCAUGGCAGGGGAGCAUUACGGUCACCCGUCUCACCAGCCAGCUCUUUCCACUGAGCUCACCCUGCCACCCCUCUUCUGGCCGGUCGUACAGCAGCACAGCUCCGCUCUGGGAGUUCCAGUAUUAGCCGCCAAAACCUGCAGCCUCUCACUUCAGACUGCCUGCUCCAGUAAAACUGUGUGUCACCCUCACUUGGGACUGUAAUUGACUUAUAAAUCAAAGACAUUCAGUCUCAGAUAUGAGCUGUUUGUGGACUCUGAGGCAACCCUGUGAAGGAGCAGAUGCCAGCUGACAGCUCAGAAAAAAUAUAUAUCUUUAUUCAAAGGGUUUCACUGAAAGGAAAGUAAAAUUCAAACUUAGAUUUUUUUUUACUUGAAUCGACUUCCUUUUUUGUGCGUGUAGCAGUUGAAAUCUGGGGUUAAGCUGUUAGUACAGUUCAUUUUGAUCCCAACAAGUAGCAAGAAGCAUUGAAAACCUAUUGUUUUCUUCCGAAGUCACGUUCAGCUGUCUGCAAUAUAAAGUAUCAGAAGUAGUUGUGGGCAGUAAAUGGUGAGAGCAUUUGGUGAAAGCUCUUUAUUGUAACUCCAACCUGCAUCAUAGGA